AUGCACCGAGAAGCAAUCAUGAUUACAGUAGAGGUCUCAUACGAAGCGAUUAUCAAAAAAAAGGUUACAAGAGGAGAUAACAAUGCAAGAGGAGCCUCUAAGCAAGAAUCAAGAGGAAAUUUUAAUACAGGAGGCUGUGCAAGAGCUUUCAGUUCAAGAGGUGGUUACAGCAGCAGGACGAAAAAAGAUGGAUUUCAAAAUAGUGGAAAUAACUUGGCAGAAGAUGAGAGUUACAGAGAGUCACAGAAAGAUCAGGUGAACUUUGUUUUCUUGGAGAAAAACCAAGAAAUGUGA